AUGCCAGCCAUACAGGACCUGAUUGCUUUAUCAAAACGUCGCCAUAAAGCCAUAGCUACGCCUUCUGCAGGCUCGCGCAUACCAAAAGGCUUCGGCAAGAUAGUGUGCGAAAUGGGGGGUAAAGGAAAGGAAGGAGAUUCUGCAGCAUCGUUAUAUGGAUUAGGUUUGGAAGGAUGGGCUCGAGCUGGACCACCAUCGGACUCGUCUGCAGAAGAUGGUCUUGUUACAUGUACAGUCGGCGCCGGGAAUGAGCUGCGUGUUGAAGAGAGGGUGUGGGCUUAUGAGGAGGAAGGGAAACAGGUGAAAAGUUACCCUGAUCUUAGAAAAUGCUGUUGUAUCAAGGAGGUUGAGGAAGCAUGA